AUGCUCUUUUCUCGCCCUCCAAUUCGCCUUCGUUGGUCAUCAUCCUUCCCAUCGGCUCGACAGCUAUUUCUUUCCCCCCCACGAUUUUUUUCCACCUCUGUUUUGCGCUACGCCGUCGACAUGGAGACCGUGGACACCUCCGAACGGCUGUCGAAAUUGAGGCAGUUAAUGCAGGAGCACCAGGUUGAUGUAUAUAUCGUCCCAUCAGAAGAUAGCCAUCAGUCGGAAUAUAUCGCCCCGUGUGACGGCCGUCGAGAAUUCGUCUCCGGUUUCUCGGGGUCUGCAGGAACUGCCAUUAUUUCCAUGAGCAAAGCCGCUCUGUCAACUGAUGGUCGCUACUUCAAUCAGGCUGCAAAGCAACUUGACAGCAAUUGGCAGCUCCUUAAACGGGGUGUAGAAGGUGUUCCAACUUGGCAAGAAUGGACCACCGAACAAGCCGACGGUGGUAAAGUCGUUGGUGUUGACCCCGCCUUGAUCACAGCAUCGGGUGCGCGCAGCCUAUCCGAGACUCUUAAAAAGAGCGGUUCAUCGCUGGUGGGAGUAGAGCCGAACCUGGUUGAUUUGGUCUGGGGUAAAGAGAGGCCUGCUGCUCCACAAGAGCAGGUGAAAGUACACCCAUAUAAAUUCGCGGGGAAGAGUUUCCAGGAAAAGAUCGGCGAUUUGCGAAAGGAAUUGGAGAAACGGAAAAAUGCUGGAUUCGUUAUCUCCAUGCUCGAUGAGAUUGCCUGGCUGUUCAACUUGCGAGGAAAUGACAUCCCCUACAACCCCGUGUUCUUCUCAUACGCCAUCAUCACACCUACGACAGCAGAACUCUAUAUUGAUGAUGAUAAAUUGACACCUGAGGUUAAAGCCCAUCUUGGUCAGGAUGUCAUUAUAAAACCGUACAACACUAUCUUUGCUGAUGCCAAGGCUCUCAGUGAGGCUAGGAAGCAAGAAGCUGGGGUACCAGUGUCCAAGUUUCUUCUAUCAAACAAAGCUUCUUGGGCCCUUAGCCUCGGCUUAGGAGGUGAAGAGCACGUCGAGGAGGCCCGUAGCCCUAUUGGUGAUGCUAAAGCUAUCAAAAAUGACGUGGAGCUUGCUGGUAUGCGGGCAUGUCAUAUCCGCGACGGCGCUGCUCUGACUGAGUACUUUGCUUGGCUUGAAAAUGAAUUGGUUAACAAACAGACUACCCUUGAUGAGGUCGACGCUGCAGACAAGCUGGAACAAAUUAGGUCCAAGCAUGAUCUCUUCGUGGGUCUCUCCUUUGAUACAAUUUCUUCUACGGGCCCCAAUGGUGCAGUCAUUCAUUACAAGCCCGAGAAAGGAAGCUGCUCCGUCAUUGAUCCCAAGGCGAUCUAUCUCUGUGAUUCCGGUGCCCAAUAUCUGGAUGGAACCACCGAUGUUACUAGAACAUUCCAUUUCGGGCAGCCUUCUGAAUUCGAGAAAAAGGCUUUCACUCUUGUCCUGAAGGGUGUUAUCGCUUUGGAUUCUGCUGUUUUCCCCAAGGGCACCAGUGGCUUUGCGCUUGAUGCUCUUGCUAGACAGCAUCUGUGGAAGGAAGGCCUGGAUUAUCUGCACGGCACUGGCCACGGGGUUGGCUCUUAUCUGAACGUGCAUGAGGGGCCUAUGGGUGUUGGCACCCGCGUCCAGUACACCGAAGUUCCGAUCGCAGCCGGGAACGUUAUCUCAGAUGAACCCGGAUUUUAUGAGGACGGAAAGUUUGGAAUCCGCAUUGAGAAUAUCAUAAUGGCGCGGGAAGUGCAAACAACGCACAGUUUUGGUGAUAGGCCGUGGCUCGGCUUCGAGCAUGUCACAAUGACUCCUCUGGGUCGCACCCUGAUCGAGCCGUCUCUUUUGAGCGAUGGCGAAAUUAAAUGGGUAAAUGACUACCAUGCGGAGAUUUGGGAGAAGACUCAGCACUUUUUCGCAAACGAUGAGUACACACGUAAGUGGCUUGAGCGAGAGACUCAGCCCAUUUCCAAAUGA